GAUAUGAACAAGAUUAGAUAUUUUGUUAGGCCACCUGUCCUCCAUCUCCACUUUCCUCUCUCUAUAAAUUCCCACCCAGCUCUGGUCAAGAAAAUCAGCUCAUGAGCUUGUGUGUGGGUCAUCAGUCAUGGAAGGCCAGCAGCAGAAUUCCAGGUCUAGAGUUGUGAAGGUGAACUCAGAGCAGUCGUGGAACACGUUCAUAAGCCAAGCCAAGGACCAAGGCUCCCCUGUUUUCAUCCACUUCGGCGCUUCAUGGUGUGUUCCCUCCCUCGCCAUGAACGCGUUCUUCGAGGAACAGGCCAUAGCUUAUCCGGGCAUCCUCUUCCUCUCGGUGGACGUUGAUGAAGCCAAGGAGGUGGCUUCUAAGAUGGGGGUGAAGGCAAUGCCAACCUUCGUUCUGAUGGGAGAUGAUGGCGCAGUGAUAGACAAGGCUGUCGGGGCCAAUCCGGAAGAGAUCAGGAAAAGGGUGGAUGGCUUCGUCCAAUCAUUCCGCAGCUCAAAAAUUCUCGAGUGAAACCAAAAAAAAAAAACAGUUUGAUAAUAAGACUUGUUUCUUGUCAUUAUGUGAUAUGUUUGACUGAGGCUUGAGUGAUGCUGUAAAUAUAAUCUGUAACAGAUCCAACCUCAAUGCAUCAAAAUUUGAUA